UCAUUUGAUUCUUGUUUCAUUUUCACAGUUACCUUGAUGUAAGUACUACCCCUAGUUUAUCGUUUUUUACUUAGAACAUCAUGUAGUUUGGGCCUCAUAGUGGGGCUUUCUCUUUGAGUCUUUCAGGCCUCUUGGCAAAGUCUGUAUAUGAAUAUUAAAAUAGUUUGUCACAGAUACUAAGGAAGAGAAUGUAACAACGCUGAAACUUUAGAAGAAAUACUGCUUGCUGCUGAAUUGCUACUUCUGGAUGUAUUGUAUGUGUUAUUGCUUGUGCUCUUGUUUUUAGUGUUAACGAUUUUUUAAUUACUGUAAUCUAGGUACAAAAAAGAGCUCACUUUAGCCAUGGAGCGAGAGGCUUCCUUAGAAAGAUCCAGAGCCCAGUUGGAAGUUGACUGGCAGCGGCGCUGUGAGGACACUGAAAGAGAAGUGUACAGCAAACAGGAGCAACUCAUUACUGGUCUCAGAAAGCAAAGAGAUGAGGUAAAUGUACAAUCAUCGGUGGGAUUUUCUGGAAAAGUGAAUUAAAGCUACAACCAUGUCCAUUUCAUCAGAUUCUGAGCCUGGCAUUAGACUAUUUUAUUUGGUUUAAGAACAACUGACCCGGGGACCUGACGUGGUGGGUACUAACUGAGGACUACAAAUAAAGGGGCGUUCCUGCGUAGCGUUUGUGUGUGUUAAAAGUGGGAAGGUGGUAACUUAAACGCUGAUAAUUGCAAAUAAAACUCCGACGUUUUGGCAAUGCUGCCUUCAUCAGGGCAAAAUAAUAUGUGAGUUCGUUGUAGCGGAAAAUUUUAAAAGUUGAAAAUGCGCGCGUAAAAACAAGUGAGUGUGCGCGCGCGCAAGUCACGUGAAAGAGAAAUCGUGAUUGAGUCCACCCAGUGUGAGGGUGCCAAAAUUAUGAAUAAAGUGCAUCUCCUCUCAUCUUCUUUUGUCUUGUUCGGGUAGACUAGCUCUAAUCACGGCUACUUGCAUGUCCUCCAACUGGUGGUCCACUCCCGCAAAAUGGACAGGCACCGGCAGGGCCACUAACUGAGGGCUCUCUACCUCUAUAAUGAAAACCAAUGACACUUUUACCAUUAAAGAUGUGCUCUAAGAGGAGUCCAAUUUGGUCUUGUAAUCUUACAAGUGAUUAACAAAUACGGGGCUGUCUGAUUUGUUUAGUCAUGAGUAUGAUCACAGACUGAAUUGGACAGCAGGAAGUUCUGUUACCAAUCAGUCAUAACUACAACAAAAUCUGCUAUGCUUAAGUUUUUUAAAGAUUUUAAGAAUAAAAUAAAAGAUAUUCCAAGAGUAUUUUGCUAGAAGUGAAAACAAAAACAUUCUGUUGCACACGCACGAUGCCACUUACUGUCCAAUUACUUAGGCAUAAUGCAUACUGUCUUACACUGUCCUAUUAAUGCUGAAAUCAGUGCAGUUGAUAGCCAAUCUGAUUUGAGAAUUUUGUUAUUGUUAGGAUUAACACUGAUAUUACCUAACAUCAUUAUUUUUAUCUUGGAGCAAGUGUAUUAAGCUAUAAUACAGUUAAACCUCUCCUUAUGGACACCUCUCUUGGUCCCAAAGAUGCCCAAUUUCAUGCAGUUUCUACCUCUACAAUGAAGGCACCUUUCUCUAUUCUAGACAGUUCUCUAGGUCUUAAAGAUACCAAACGUCAUACAAUUCCUACCUCUAUAAUACAGACACCUCUGUAAUAAGGAAUCUUAGCUCUGUCCUUUUGGUGUCCUUAAUAAAGAGUUUUAAUGUAGUGUCAAAUGCUACUGUAAUUUAUGGAAGUAUAAUCAUGGCUUUGGUGUUUAUAUCUGUCAGUCUGUGGCAUUAGCUCAAGAGCGAGAGCGGGAACUGGCUCAGCGGGAUAGCCUGAUACGUGUAUUGACUGAGACCAGAGAUCAGGCCCUUGCCACGCUUCAGAGACAUGGUCUUGCCAUUCCAACACAGUUACCCAGUAAGGAGAAACAGACGGCAAUCAAUGCACAUGGCACUGCUGAUCGACAGGAUUUACCUGCAGAAGAGAAGAUCAAAGCCUUGGAAGUUCAGAAUGCUGAGUUAAGGGCUGUGAUCAGACAGAUGCGACAUGACAUGGAGGAUCUUAACAACCAGCUGGCUGGCAGGCCUCCCUCUGUUUUGGUACGAGGCAGAGAUGAUGGAGAGGGGCCCUCUGUACCACUUACCAAAGGUAUGUUGUAGUGCCUGGUUGUCAUGGUGAUGUCACUGAAUUCAGUAUAACCCUGUAUAACAGUGUAGUUACAUAGAACAAACUUACUAACUUAGAACAAACGCCACUGAAUUGUGGUUAGCAGUCACCAGCACCUUUCAAACGACCCACUGACAGACUGGAGCAAAACUGACAACCAUUGACUGGUCAACUGACAAUUUGACUAACAAUUAAGAACCGUUAUAACUGUGAAAAAAGACGGAUCGAAGCACACCAAUCUCACAUUUCGAGUCUUUGUAGCCUAUAACAACGAUCGAUAAGAUUGCGAUUUUAUUGACCAAUCAAGUCAAUAAUCAGAGUCAAAUACCAUCAACUGACUUGCUUCUCACAAGUUGUCAAAACAUCGGUCACUUUUAACAGUCCUAUUCAGAACUUUAUUCACCCAGAUAAUCAUAUUCCACCUUCUCAUGAAUUCAGUAUGUCACAUGCCUGGAAAUGAUUUGUGAAAACAACAAGCAGUUCUUAUAAUAAUCUACAUAAAUUACUAGAAGCAAUGAGAGGAGUACUGUGAAUUACCUCUAUCUGACAUGACAUUUUUUGGUUCAAAAUGAUAACUGGGUAAAAUGCAUCCAUAAACUGUUACAUUCAAGAAUUUAACGCGUAUUUCUUGUUCAUUUCUGUAUUCGUAUGCACUCACCUUUUUCAUCAAACAUAAUUAACCCAUUCACUCUUCAGACGAUCAAAACUGCCUAGUAUUUAUUAUUUUUAUUUUUAAAAAACAUGAUUCUUUUACCACAAACAUGUCGCCAGUUUAAGUGCUCAAAGACCUCACAAUUCCCAGACUUACUGACUUGCCAAUAACCUCCCUCGCCAGAAUACGUUGAGUCAUUGGAGAAAGAAAUCACAGAAUUAAAAUCAAAGAACAGAACACUGCGACAGAGGAUGGAAGAAGUGGCAUCUAAAGCCUCCAAACCUCCUCCGUAUGGUCGGCCUGGGCUACCUGGAACUCAGACACAAGAUCCAUUUAUACAGGCCCAUAUCAAGGAACUGAACGGAGCAGUCGGUAAUGAUAAUAAUGAUAAUAGUUACACUAAUAAUAAACAAUUAUUGGAUGAGGUUUUUGUGAUAUCCCGAAUAAUCAAGAUCGAGGUAAGAGUUAUCAGCCGAACCUAACUAAUCUGUAGGUUGCGCUGAGUUCCAAAAUUAGCUGUAGGCUCUUAGCCAAUAAGAAAACAGAUGAUGAGUACAAUGUGUAAUAAUAAUAACUGGUAAUAACUAAAGGUUACGGAGUGCGGGCGACAGCGAUCGAAGGUCAAAACGCUUUUGCUCCAUCACUCUGCUUUGCUUAAGUUUCACGUGAGAGAUAGUCAAAACACGCGUAAUCAGAUUAUAAGUGAUAGAAGGUCCAAACGUGCGUGAUCAAAUUGCGUUCUAUGCGUUCCAUUCAUUCUUAGUGGAAGUCUAAACGAGUGCUGGCUACAUACAUGCGACGCAUGCGUAAUAACAACGUGGAGAUUAGGAUUGCGGACCCCUCCUGUCGCCCGCAAUAAAACAGUCAACUCUAUCUAGGGCUGACAACUUUGGGACGGGCACUAAGUGUCCGUCUUAGAGAGAUGUCUAUCUUAUAGAGGUGUCCCUUAUGAGAGAGACGACUGUAAAAUCAAGGAACUGCAUGGAGCAAUCUAACAUAUGGCACACGGUGAUGCCAGAUUCUGGUAUCACGAAUCAGAGGCGAUGAAAAAAGUCUACAGGCUCCCAUACCGUUCGUUCUUCUCUCCACACUACCCUCCCCUGGGAGCCCAUUCAUAAGCUUAUGGAUAGUCUUCAUACUUUAUCUUUGAUCAGGAGCUUUACGUCAGGAAAAGCUUGAGCUGUCGGCACAAGUGAAGAAGCAGCAAGCUACUGUGGAUCAUCUUCAAGGAUCAUUGAACCAAGCUCAUGAGGAGGUAUGGUGAUAAAACAUACACUGUACAUAGAGGUAUUGCUAUUGUCGUUAAUGUAUUGCUUAGCGGAGACAUUUUUAGAUUUGCUCUGUUCACUGGACUGUCUUUCCCCAUAUGAAAAUUGAAAACGUGUCGGUAUCACCAACGCAGGGCUCUCAUUAACGUUGAAAUUAGCAGAGAAAGUACCCGUUUAGUGGCCAACGAAUCGUCCCAAAUUUGUUAUGUUUGACUCAUUUUCAAACUCAGAAUAGCUGGCUGACUUUGCUAAAAAAGAGUCAAUAUAAACUGAAACUUAUCUGUUACCGAUGAUGUUGUAUGGAGCAGAGUGACUUACCAGCGGAGACAAAAAUAAACGUUUUUUGAGGUCAAACAAAAUUUAAUCUCAACAUUUUAAUCAAAAAGGUGGAAGCCCUCAAUAAAGAGCUUGGCAGAAGAAAUAACGGGCAUAGAACCCACGUCCCCAGCCAACACACGCAAUUAAACUAUAAAUUAAGAUUACCUACAGCAAAGAAAACUGUUAGUAAGACAUACAAUUUGAAUAAUACUGUGGUAGGCCAUUUUCACGAAAUAACGAGUGCCGUUUGUGUCCAGUACCGUAAAUGAUCGAAUAGAAGCCCACUCUCAAAUAAACGCCUCCUUUACGCUGUCAAGUUUGUUUUAGACGCCCCUCUUUAAUGAACACCCUUUGUCUCAUAGACGCCCCCAUGAGAAUUACUCCAAAAUACCAGGAAUUAGCAAAAAGGAGCAAAAUCAAUCAACUCAUUCAGUUUUUUGCUUGAUUAACAAGGCCUUGCGUAUUUCAUGUUGUUCAAUGUCAAGUUCAAAUUAAAGUAAGGAUAGACAUUGGUAACACAAAAACCCUAAGCGAGGAUUCUGACAUCGAUGUUGGGAUUUGAAAGAGCGAUAUGGAUCUCUAGACGGCCAAGACGUAUCAAUUGAUGGAGUGGGUAAUUCGCUGUUUUUAAACUUAGAUGAUAUGUUUGCCGAAAGCAUAUUAGUUUGUUGAGCUUGUUACAGUAAUGAGAAUAAACGUUUAUUAUAUAUGUACUGAGAUUUACUGCAAAAUGAAUAUGUCAAAUAAAAAUGAUGCGUUGCAGAGUACACCCAAUCUGAUUGGUUGUACGAUUUUUCUCACUAGUGAAAAAUACCGUAUGACCAAUCACAACCCGCAGACGAAAGUUUUCACUAGUGACAAAAAUCGUAUCGAUUUUCCCGCCUUUCACUGACGGCGUCACUAGGCAAAAGGAAAACCAUGGCGUCUUCUUCGAGCAAUUCAAGGUUUGCAGAUAUAACUUCAGUAGAGGAAUUUAUUGAAGGACAAGAAAACGAAAACACCAGGAAGAAAACUGAACAGAAUGUUGCUUUGCUUAAGGAGUUUUUGAGGCUAAAAGAUGAGUCAAGGCCUGUAGAAGAAAUUCCCCCACACGAACUGAGUUCAUUCAUCAGCGAAUUUAUCAUAACAGUAAGAAAGAAAGAAAACAACGAAGAUUACGAACCCACUUCCUUGCGUGCUAUGAUGGCCAGUUUUGAACGGUAUUUAAAGAAGAAGAAUUACGGCUACAGCAUUAUGAGAGACGUCGAGUUUGAAAAAGCACGAACGGCAUUAAAAUCAAAACAAAGAGAUCUCAAGAAGAAAGGCAAAGGCGAUAAACCAAACGCUUCAGUUCCCCUCACAGAAGACGACAUAAAACUGCUGUAUGACAAAGGAUUGUUAGGAAAGUCAACUCCUGAGGCUCUACUGAAUACAGUUUGGUUCAACAACACAGUCUAUUUCGGUCUCCGUGGUUGUAAGGAACACAGAGACAUGUGUUGGGGCGAUGUGCAACUACGCCAAACUACAAAUGGCGAGGAAUUUUUAGAGUAUACUGAGAGACAAACUAAGACUCGAACCGGAGAAAAUCCCAGAGAUGUCAGGCAAAUAAAACCGAAAAUGUUUUCGGUUCAGGGAAGUGAAAGAGAUCCCGUCACUGUUUACAAAUUCUACGCGGAGAAAAGACCGUCGGAAAUGAACGACAACAACGCGCCAUUUUAUCUAGCAGUAAAUAACUGUAAAAAACAAGAUUCUUCUAAACCAUGGUUUAAAAAGUCAGCCGUUGGCGUGAACAAGCUGAAUUCGUUAAUGAAAAAAAUGGCAGAAAAAGCCGGGCUGGGGCCCAAUGUAAAGAACCAUAGCGGUCGCAAAACAAUGAUCCAAACUUUAACAAACAACGACAUCCCAGCGACAGAUAUUAUUCAACUGUCGGGACAUAAAAAUCUUCAAAGUGUGACAAAUUAUUCUGUAGUUUCUGAAAAACAGCAAGUAAAAAUGUCUCGUACUUUAAGUGAACUGAUGUCCGGGAAUGUGCAUAGCUUAGAGAAAACUAAUUCAUCUCAAGUUGGAGAAUGCUCCACUGAUCCUUCAGCUAGCUCGGCGGGUCGCUCGGCGGCAGAUCAUCACCAACAAGCGAUGUCGCUUUUCACGGGCGCUGUUAUUCAUGGAGGUCAAUUCAGCAUUUCUAUUAACAGCCUCAAUCAAUCCCCGAAGUUGGCAAUCCAAGAAGUUGAGGUAAAGUCUUCUCCAAAGAGGUACAAAAGGCUAAAAGUACUGGACUCUGACUCUGAUUAGAAUGCAUGCAUUACUAUAAUUAGAUUUACAAAACAGUCAACUUUUUCAAAUUUUAUAUCUUAGUUACGGUUUUGAACGGCGAUAUUUAAAGCUGAAAAUUUUCAUUGUUAUUUAAAGUUAAAGAAUCGUUUAAAAGUAGACUUUGUUCCACUUUCUUCAGAGUCAUUGAAUAACUUUAAUGUUGUAGGAAGUUUUGUACGUUCAGUUUGCUCGAAUAAAAUCAUUCGCAACUCGUUGUGGUCUUUGUGUUGAUUUCACCGCGCAAUUGAUAGUUGUUAACAUUAUUUUGUAAUAUCUCAGUACAUAUAUAAUAAACAAAUUACCUCAUGGUUGGUUCGCUUGUACGAUUUUUAUUCACUCGUUGUGAAGAAUCGCAAACUCACUCGUUCGCUGCGCUCACUCGUUCGUUUUCGAUUCUUCACAACUCGUGAAUAAAAAUCGUACGCACUCACCAACCAUGAAGUAAUCUCUAUUUAUUAAACGCCCCCGCUUGGACGCGCCCUAUAAUUAAAUAGACGCCCUGGGCGUUUAGUAGGUCAUUAACGGUAUUUAACUGUAGUUGUCUUAAUGGCUUUGUGUUUUAGGUUCGCCAGAAACAGUUAGCAGUAGAUCAACUGCAGUACGAGCUUACAACUCAAAACAGACGUGCAACUGCUGAGCUUAGUGCCCUAAAACAGCGAAUAACAGAACUGGAACUGCAGCUUAUUCAGACCAAAAAAGAGGCUGAUGAGUACUUCAAAAGUGGACUGGAAAGGAAUGCUGAGGCCACUUCCUUGGGGAAUCAGGUAGCACUUCAAAUACAUUCAUCACUUUAACAUUGCCUUUAAUAAAGACCUUUAGUGUGUAAGACGAGGACUGACGACUACGAGAACUAGAUGAUCUCAAUGCCCAGAAGUGCGCGAGCGUCAACCAGCGUCAUUUUGGCGGGAAAACAUCCAAAUCGAGGUUCAAGUGUUUGGCAGACAAAAAUGUGAUAAAACUAUCUUUUGACAAAACAACAUGGACUGGUUUGUUACCUAGGACCCGCUCUUUUAAUCUUGAGAUUUAGAUUUAAACAUUUGUCCAUAGAAACUGGUCAUCACUUAAAAAAUUGUGUCAUAAUUCAAAAGUAUGAUCUCUUGGCUGCGCUACAUUGACACAACGACGAAGUCAAAGUUAAGCUUCGAACGCAUUGUCCUCGAAGGAUGCUAAUCUCAAUUUUGAUGUUAUGACCAACUGAUUUGGAUUUUCUUUUCUCUACUUCAGCUGUCAACGCUUAAAGUGGAACUUGCAUCCCAGGGGGGAGGGGGUAAGCUGUUUAAUCCUCAGGCUUCAGUUGUUAAACAGCUUCAAGAAGAAAUUCUUCGUCUCCGAAGACAGCUUUCAUCAGGUAGGUAUAAACGUCAGUCACUUUUCUGCAUAUGGAAGUCAUUCUGAUAUGCGUAGAACAUUUAGAGGUAGCAAAACAAGCGGAUACCAAACAGCAUGCUUACUACUCCAUUCAGUGUUGUUCGGGAUCUCCUGCAUAAGUGGAUCGCGUCCUUUCAAACAACUCGUUAUUGCAGAUAACCCUUCACCCGGACAGCAAUCCAUAAAGCGACUUUGAAUGAAGUACAAAAUAUCCAGUGCGUAUCACUUUCAUGGAAAGUAGUGGUGUUUACAUAUAUUAUCUUGAAAAAUCUAUUAGAAACAUAGUCGCAAGCUCCUUAACUAAUAAACUAAAGUGCUACUACUAAGAAUAAAAAUACGAUAGAGUAUAAAUAGGAAAGGACAAGCAUUUACCCUAGUAGCAUUGACAUGGAACGCGUUAUUUUUUUUUAAUGCUCGUUCUGUCUCUAGUAUGCAGCACAUCUUAAUUUUUUACUUUCUUUAUAUGUUCAACUAGGUGUUCAAACCAGCGACGAAGCCUCCUUCGACCCAUAUCCUGCCUCUAACGUGUCUNGGACUGGUUUGUUACCUAGGACCCGCUCUUUUAAUCUUGAGAUUUAGAUUUAAACAUUUGUCCAUAGAAACUGGUCAUCACUUAAAAAAUUGUGUCAUAAUUCAAAAGUAUGAUCUCUUGGCUGCGCUACAUUGACACAACGACGAAGUCAAAGUUAAGCUUCGAACGCAUUGUCCUCGAAGGAUGCUAAUCUCAAUUUUGAUGUUAUGACCAACUGAUUUGGAUUUUCUUUUCUCUACUUCAGCUGUCAACGCUUAAAGUGGAACUUGCAUCCCAGGGGGGAGGGGGUAAGCUGUUUAAUCCUCAGGCUUCAGUUGUUAAACAGCUUCAAGAAGAAAUUCUUCGUCUCCGAAGACAGCUUUCAUCAGGUAGGUAUAAACGUCAGUCACUUUUCUGCAUAUGGAAGUCAUUCUGAUAUGCGUAGAACAUUUAGAGGUAGCAAAACAAGCGGAUACCAAACAGCAUGCUUACUACUCCAUUCAGUGUUGUUCGGGAUCUCCUGCAUAAGUGGAUCGCGUCCUUUCAAACAACUCGUUAUUGCAGAUAACCCUUCACCCGGACAGCAAUCCAUAAAGCGACUUUGAAUGAAGUACAAAAUAUCCAGUGCGUAUCACUUUCAUGGAAAGUAGUGGUGUUUACAUAUAUUAUCUUGAAAAAUCUAUUAGAAACAUAGUCGCAAGCUCCUUAACUAAUAAACUAAAGUGCUACUACUAAGAAUAAAAAUACGAUAGAGUAUAAAUAGGAAAGGACAAGCAUUUACCCUAGUAGCAUUGACAUGGAACGCGUUAUUUUUUUUUAAUGCUCGUUCUGUCUCUAGUAUGCAGCACAUCUUAAUUUUUUACUUUCUUUAUAUGUUCAACUAGGUGUUCAAACCAGCGACGAAGCCUCCUUCGACCCAUAUCCUGCCUCUAACGUGUCUCGGUUACACAGCAAACUGCAAGAGGCGGCGAGGCGCAUAAGCCAGCUGUCUCAAGAGAAAGAACAGCUCAUUCAGAUGGGAAACAGAUUGAGAGCUGAACUGACAAAGUUUACAGGUAAAGUCUUCUUUUUUGGUAAAAUAUCUCGUAAAAUAUACUGUAGAGCUGUAGAUUAGCCAUCAGCUAGUCAAGGACUUCAGCAAUCCAACAACAUGACCUAACAGUUUCAAUCUGGGUUUGGGGAGUCGUCAGGAAAGCCAAAUAAAACACCUCUGAUCUUUUACAAAUACAGAUCAUUUUAGAUUCAUCUUUUCAUUUUAAUUGCACCUAUUCUGGGCGGAGAACCACAUAUUUUUGUUUUCUUUUUUAGACAUAAUUGCCUCAUAACUCGCUGGUUUUCGAACCUGCUGCUUUCGUUUUAAGUAUCAAAUAAAAUAAAGGCGAUUUGCAACUAUUUUUAUUGUACGAAAAUGCAUUUUAGUUUCGUUCAUGCCACUGACUUCAUUUCUGACAUGGCUUCGUAUGAAAUAAAACGCAUGAUACAGACAACUCUUUUAGCAGACACUUUUCAACGGUCACUUUUAAAAUAUGGUCCUUGCCGCUCUUCAGUCACCCGUCUAUAGUGGACACUUUGUGAGUAGCUCAGAUGUGUCCAUCUCAAAUUAAAGGAGUCUCACUCUCUUGCGAAACACUUGUGUCAAAUCGCAGGUGGUAGAAAGAGUGCUCCCCCUGGCUCCAUUUCUGUCCAGACGUCUAAGCCCCAUACCGCCUCUAUGGGAAAGACCCCAAGGGAGUUGAAUGAUGAUAUUCACAGUCAGCUUAAUGCUGUGGAAAAGCUUCAGUACCAGCUCACCUCUCAUGAACUCCAAUACGCUCAGCGCAUGGCUCAGAGCGAACAACAAGCCGUCGACAAGGCCAAGGUCACCGUUGUCUCAAGCUCCAGUGAUUCUAAUGAAGGUUUGUGUGUGUUAACUUAUUGCCGAACGUACACGGUCACAACGUUUAUCGUGCGCUUUGUAGCCUGCGUGGCAGGCGUUUGGAAAGGAAAGGAAAAGGGUUUUGGGCGCGAGGGAGACGCGAGGGGCGCGCUCCCUCGCGUUUCUCUUGCGCCUAAAACUCCCUUUCCCGUCCCUUUCAAACGCGUGCCACGCAGGUUAUGCGCUUUGUUGUUGUGAUGAAGUAAGAACGAACCUAACCUACGACGUAAACAAAGCACCAAAUACAUACGCAGUAGCGUGCAAAUCUGUAGUGUCUUUUUCUAGGACAAUAGGCGCUGUAAAUUACAAUAAAUAAAUAAAUGAAUAAAAAUAAGUGAGUAAAGAUGUAGAGGUACCAAAUCCACAUAGUGGUUAUUCGUCUACCAUUCCCGAUCGAACUGGAAUUUGAAAAUGUUGGUUUUUGAGGAGAGGGGAAAACCAGAGCACCCAGAGAAUUAUCUUUAAAAACAGAGAAAAAUACUAGCAGUAAACUCAACUCCUAUUUGACGCCAAUUCUGUGCCACGGUUGUGAGAGGAGAAAGCUCUCACCACCGCGCAUGCGCCGGUCUUGUCUCCCAUCAACAACUGACUGCGCCUGCGUGUGUUGCUUGUGCUUUGCUUACGUCACAGUGUAAGGUGGGUCUUAAAAAAUUCGUGAAUUGAUUUGAAGUUUUUUUAGUUUUAUGCGAGAAAGAGCGUAAUCUCUACCUGGACCUUUAAUGCAAGGCGUUUCCCUACUGAGCAUCCUGCGAAAACAACAGGACUCGACUUCUUUACGUGUAUUGCGUCUCUUUUGCGGAAAUGAUUAACUUGAGCGACUGUCCGAAAGUCGGGUUGUUUAAUUUGUUAAAGGUAAAAUUAUUUUCGUGUUAUUUAGACGGGAGAGCUCCGGAGCCUCUAAAAGAAUCCCAAGAGAUGGAGUCACGUGAUGUAAGCGCAAAGAAAGACGUACCAGCAGAGGAUCACGUGACCAAGCCUUUAGUCAUUCAGAGAACAUCGUCUCCUGUGUAUGAGCAGUCGCUGUUCACUUCAUCCUCUGAGGGUCAAGCUUCGUUACAGGAAAUCUGGAAAAUGUUAGAUGCUGAAGAGAGUUUCCGGAGCCCGACUCCGAGAAAAGGGCGACCCAGCUCUCCUCAAAAACUUGCAGUCGAGCGAAAUGUGGAACCCGACUAUAUCCCCGCACGCGAUUUGCCGGAACGCGACGUGUUUGCUUUGAAAGGAAGACGAACGGAGGUUCAAACCAGGCCUGCCAAACAUCGACCAGAGAUGUCUAAGAAGGCAUCUGGGAAGGUUAAACUAACUCCGAAAAAGAUAAAGGUCAGAAAUUAUAACGUCAAAGAUGAUUAAACUGAGUUUAUGAACAGUUAAAAGAGUUUAACCACCUAGUUGGUUGGUUGUUCUCUACUAUAUACAGUCUACCCAACUCUAUUGGGACAGAACUGUCUAACAGAGUAGCUGGGAAGGUCAAGCUUUUCCAAAAAAAGUUUAAAGUCACGGAUAACAGCGUCGAGGAUAAUUGGCGUUUAUGACCAAUUGAACUAAUGUGACAACCUGUCGGUUCGUCUGUGCUCCUAAUAGUCCAUACACGUUGCUCCGAAGAAAUAUGAAGUUAGGGCGCCUAGGCCAGUUGGCUCCGUAGCCUGCGACUGCUGCGAGCAAGCUCACCAUUUAUGGCGAGAGAACGCGCGAGCGAGCACUUGUCUCUCCUUUCGCGUGUUGCUCGCGCGUGACUUCUCGCGGCUCCCCAAAUGGAGAGCUCGCUCGCAAGCAAUUGGCUCCGAGGCUGAGGGAUAUAAAGCGAAGGAAAACGUAGUGUGAGUGAGUUUAAUUUCAGGGAUGAAUUAGGGAGUCGGCUGAAGGAUUACAUUCUGCUUCCUUUCCCCCGCCUCCUCCCCCUUAAAGGAAGACACUGCCCUACUGCA